UCAGUUCCUCUCACUGUUUCUCCUGUAGCUCUGCAGAAGCUCCAGGCCCAGACGUCCUCCAGGUGCAGCCCAGUGGAGGUGGUUCUUCCUGGACCGGUGCUGGACCUCAGCUCUCUGGUGCUGUAUGGAGCUCAGGCUGUGCCUGUCCAUCUGAAGAUCCUUCUGGACCGACUCUACAGCGUCCUGAGCGCCCAGCAGGUUGGACACAUCCUCAACACACUGGGCUGGAGUCUGGGAGAUUAUGUCAGAGGUUACAUGCUGCAGUCUCCAGUGGGGAAGGUGUUGGACUGUUGGACGAUGGUAACCCCAGAAGAAGAGCUUCUCAUCAUUAAACAGUUUCUGCGUUUUGGUGAAACCCGAUCCAUCGUUGACCUAAUGACGCAUCACUUCCUGUCUGCCGUCAACCAGAAAACCUGCUGCCUAAAUACUUCUCUCAACAUAAGGAGUCCUGGAACGUUCCAAAACUCUAGAGAACAUUUUGGGACGGAUGUCUGUCAUCUAGAGAGUAAAACUGUCCUGGACUGCAACAAGACUGUCGGCCAUUUUGAAAACUUCCCAGGUGGACUGUCUUUGCUUCUGCCGUUCCACUUCUCAGCGUCGCCCUUCGGACAUUUGGUUCCAUCCAACAAGGUAGAGAUGUUUUUAGAGCUUCUAAACACCAGUGAUUUAAUCCCAGAGUUUUGUGUUUUUGACCUCCUUCUUGGUAUUCCUCCAGUCCCACCAUUAACGCUGUCUCUGCAGCUACAGGAGCCUGAUGGGACACGGCUUUCUCAGGGACUGCAGCAGAGCAGGGACAGAUCCAACGGUGAGCCCAGUCCGACACUGCUGCAGUCCAAAAGUGAACCUGUCAUAAAAAUCGAAGCGGACUUUGACAAGCCAAACGCUCGUUUCCUGGUUCCUCAGAACCUUCACGGCAGUGAACACCUGGUUCCUCACAUGGGUGUGGCCAAACAGAGGUCCACCUCCUCAUCUUCUUCAUUCAGCCCCACAUCUUUCUCUGCACCCCAUCUGUCAGCCUUUUCUUCCUCAGUGUCUCCCGUGAAGAACUUCCAGACGUUGCCCCCGUGCCUGUCUUCGUGCACCCUCCAACCCCUUCCACCCUCAUGCUCCCUUCCGUCUUCUUCUACAGGAGGUCGGAAAGGGAGAGUCUGCUGUGGUGUUUGUGGAAAAAGCUUCUAUGACAAAGGCACAUUGAAGAUCCACUACAACGCCGUCCACCUGAAGAUCAAACACCGCUGCACCGUGGCUGGCUGCACCAUGGUCUUCAGCUCGCUGCGAAGUCGGAACCGACACAGUGCCAACCCGAACCCACGGCUACACGGUUCUGGUUCCAAAAUAGAUGCGGGUACCCAUAAAAACCUAGAAUGUGUUCCACCAACACCUGGAGCAACCCCUCCUCCUACUCCUCAUAACAAGCACUUGACCUGGAACAACUCCUUCAACCUGCAGCUGCCUCUUCCUCAAUCAUCUGUUACUCCUUAUGUGGUGGAGGAAACCCAACAUCUGGUCAACAUCAACACCAAUGACCUGACCCCUGAAACACCACCAGGCCUCACUGCAUUCAACAUCAAGGCAAAGGGCAGCAGUGACACAGUAACCAAUCAGCAGCAUCAGUGGGAGUCAGGUGACACCGUUCCAAAGAAGAAACCCAGGAAGCUAAGCAAACCGGUGAAGAUAGAGAGAGAGGAGGUGAAAGGGAGGAGCAUCAAGAAGGAGCAGGAGUUCUAAAGCAAUAAGAUCCUCUCCUCUGUACUUCUCAGUGUUAGAUAGUACUGUAUCAUGGAUAGAUUACUCUAAACUCCUCUGUAUGGUGCGUUUUUGUUGAGUGUAAAUGUAAUAUUAACUAACUAAAUAUAUUUAUGGACUCAGUUGUGACUCUGUAAUUAUUCCAUUAUAUCCAGUCACGAAUUGUGACAAAAUAGAGUUCUUCAG